ACACCCUGUAUAUUAAAAAUUACUACUCGAUUUAAUUAAACAACCUAUAGAUUGACCUAUAGAAACAAUAGACUGCGCUGCAUUUCUAUUGCAAAUGCAAAACGAUGCUGUCAGAGUCUGUUAGCAAAUUCUGCACGCUUUCUGACGCCGGUAUACUAAUUUUAACUUAUAAAUAAUUUUAGUUUUUUACUUAUAACUAAUUUUUAAAAGGAAAAGGUAUACGAGGAAUUAGUAGAAAUUUAUGGCACGCAAGAUCCAAAAACCGUGCCUGUCAAGUUCGAAGAUUUACAGCAUAUGAAUUACUUGGAACGCGUUAUCAAGGAAACACUGAGACUCUUUCCCGUUGGGCCUAUUAUAGCACGACGACUUGAUGAAAAUUUACAAAUAGGAGAAUAUAUUUUGCCGGAAGGCGCUGAAGUUGGCAUAGGAAUAAUAUAUAUGCAUCGAAAUGAAAAGUAUUGGCUAAAUGCAUUGACGUUCGAUCCAGAUCGAUUUCUCCCGGAGAACAUGAAGAAUAUUCAUCCUUAUUGUUACAUACCUUUUAGUAAUGGUCCAAGAAACUGUAUAGGCUCAAGGUAUGGAAUGAUGUCUAUGAAAGUACUCAUUUCAACUUUAUUACGUACAUUCAUAUUAAAAGUGGACAAAAGGAUGGAAAUAAAUGAAAUAGAGUUGAAGGUAGAAAUGAUGUUAGCAUCCCGUAAGCCUUUAAAAGUCAGAAUUGAAAAGAGGAAUUAACGGCACAAUAAUGUAAAAACGUGUACGCAGUGGAAAAUACGAAUUAUUUUAUUAAUAUAAUUAAGAAUAAUAAUUUGUUGUUAUUUUUAAGUAAAUUGGUGAAUGUAUAAUAUUACAAUAUUAUGUAUAUUAUUACAAUAUGUAUUACUAUUACAAAAUAUAUAAAAGCAAACAAAUUAAAACAUGGAGCGCAAAGGACUAAUGUGGGGAAAUCAA